AUGCUUACGAACUUCAACAAGUUUGCAAUAAAGUGUACCUCUUCAAGUCUUGGUGGAACGAUUCCAAGUCCACUUAGUGCAAAGUCAUUAAGACUGAUUAGCAACUGCUCCACUUCGGUUGUAAGCGCUGAUGUCAAGGAUAUAUGUAUUCCAAAAUUAGGGGACCCGGAGAUUUUAAGAUCCUGGUCAGAACUAGUUUCCUCCUGUGAUGGGAAAUUCCUGCCUCCCUUCAACUUAAACCUCAUCCCAUCCACGGAUUUGAGAGUAACUGUUUAUAAUCUUCUCCAAGCAGAUUUCCCGGAUUUUGCCAAAGACAACCGUCUAAAGCACUUGACGAGCACAAUCACUUCGAAGGAGAAUUUACACCGGUGGGUCAUUGGUCUUGAUUUGUGGAAAGCCAUUGGUUUAAAAACACCCACAAACAUUGAGAGCAGUGCUGUUUACUUCAACUGCUAUUUGAAUGCAUUAGAAAGAGAUCAAAGCUUGGAAGCUGGUUCCAUUAGGAAAUGGAUAAGGCAACUUUUGCUGGUAUUUGAGAAGGAGACAAUUGAAACAGCUCUCGGAGUGUUACCAAGUAACAAACAACUUGUUGGUAUAAGACCAGAAUUCGAAAAGCGACUGAAGAAGAUUCCGUCAAAUGGAACUGUGUGGAGAAGAUGUCAUUCGCAGCCUGAUUCCAUCAUUAAUGAUAUAUUUCCCUGUGCUGAAGCAGAUUUCUUUCUGGUAUCUGGUGGACCUGGAGUUUCAGUGAAGCUAACAGUUAAUAAUAAACUAGUUAUGCAGAGUGCUCCGUGUGAUGACAUCAAGGGUGCAAUGACUGAUGCUGUUUUGAAGAUGUUUCUUCUGAACUCUAAGGAUCUGCUCAAUAUCUUUUCACAGAAGGAUGAUUAUAGUGAAGAAGAAUUGAUUUCCCUUGACGAGCUCUUUGGACGCAUUAGAAAUGGGAAGAAGUUCAAAAAGUACAUCCAAUUGAGAACUUUGCCACCAGAGACGGUCCACGAAGGUAAACUUAUCAAGCCUGCUGAUGAUUAUAAAGAGAAAAUCAAGGAAGUUGUCUCCGUUUUCAAUCCUUUGCCUUGUCUUGUUGAAUUCCAUCCUUCAUUAUCAGAUUCUUUUGAAAUUCAACUCUAUAUAGAAGGGGUCUGUAUCUUAAAGAGCUCCUUCCAAGGCAAAGUUAAGGAUACACAAGAAGCGUAUAAACAAAUCAUCCAUGCUCUUUUGAGCUGCUCCAGAUCAGAUCUUGAUAUCCUAAAGAGUGUCAAAUGGCAUGUGGCCAUCGAUGACAGAUUUCUUGACAAAAUGUACAAGACCGUAGUUAGGAACAAGAAGAAAUGGACGAGUCAAUUGGGCAAACCGAGUGAACUGUUUGUGAAUUGGCUAAAGCCUGAAGGUGCAACGACCAAGGUACACAACUCUUGCUCGAGCGCAAAGAAACAGUGGUUGGGCGGGUCAGACAAUAGCGUUAAACCACCGCACAAUCCAAAAAAACCAAUCAAGUUGGAGAAACUUGUAACGAAGAGCUAUGCAUCUGGCCAAUGCUUCUACUCUGGUGAGAUCGAGGGGCUCAACAGCAGGAUCCCAGAGAUUGUACUGAACCCGUGGAUGGAUGCAAAGGAUCGUGGUGAGAGUAUCAUCGCCAAACACCUCGGAGACCCAAACGUCCUUAGAACACUCAAAGGCCGUCGUAGGCUGAGCCCUACUGAGCGUGCAAACAUCAUCCGCGACAUUGCCCGAGAGCAUCUAGACAUCAACAUGGGACCAAGAAUAGCCGUAACACGGAAAACACAUCCUUAUCUGUAUAAGCGGUGA